CCAGAAGCUCCUGCUCAUGCAGCCUCCUAGAGUGCCAUGGCGAAGGGUCUGCAGGGCUGCUUGGGCACCAUGCUGCUGCUGUUCUGUGCCAUCCAGGAGCUGGGGUGCUGGGCCAUGCACUCGGCGGUGGAGGGCCCUGGCCUCGGGGAGCCCGGGGAUCCUGCGCUGCUGGCCGGCGGGCGAGUGAAGCGCGGCUGGGUCUGGAACCAGUUCUUUGUGGUGGAGGAGUACACGGGCACGGAGCCGCUCUAUGUGGGGAAGAUCCACUCGGACUCGGAUGAGGGAGACGGCUCCAUCAAGUACACCAUCUCCGGGGAGGGCGCGGGGACCAUCUUCCUCAUCGACGAGAUCACAGGUGACAUCCACGCCACCGAGCGCCUGGACCGGGAGCAGAAAACCUUCUACACGCUGCGGGCGCAGGCGCGGGACCGGCAGACAGACCAGCUGCUGGAGCCCGAGUCAGAGUUCAUCAUCAAGGUGCAGGACAUCAACGACAGCGAGCCACGCUUCCUGGAGGGGCCCUACAUUGGCAGCGUGGCGGAGCUGUCCCCCGUCGGCACCUCUGUGAUGCAGGUGAUGGCCUCUGAUGCCGACGACCCCACCUAUGGGAGCAGCGCCCGGGUGGUCUACAGCGUGCUGGAGGGGGAGCAGCACUUCACUGUGGACAGCAAAACAGGUGUGAUCCGGACCGCCGUGGCAGACCUGGACCGCGAGACGCAGGACCGCUAUGAGGUGGUGAUCCGUGCCACAGACAUGGCAGGACAGCUGGGUGGCCUGUCUGGAUCCACCACGGUCACCAUCGUGGUCACUGAUGUCAACGACAACCCGCCACGCUUCCCUCAGAAGAUGUAUCAGUUCAGCAUUGUUGAAACGGCCCCCGUGGGCACUGCCAUCGGGAGGGUGAAGGCAGAGGACUCUGACGUCGGGGAGAACACGGACAUGACAUAUCAAGUGAAGGAUGAGGAAGGGGUGGAGAUGUUCAAAGUCACCACGGACAGCAACACCCAAGAGGCUGUCAUCACAGUACAGAAGCCUCUUGACUACGAGUCAAAAAAAGUGCACACUGUCGUGGUGGAGGCCCUCAACAAGUUCGUGGACCCGCGGUUCGUGGACCUGGGCACCUUCCGGGACCAGACCAUCGUGAGGGUCUCAGUGCUGGACGUCGAUGAGCCCCCCGAGUUCCGGCCCCCCUCCAACCUGAUGGAGGUCCAGGAGGAUGCACACGUUGGGUCUGUCGUGGGGGUGGUCACUGCCCUGGACCCCGACACAGCGAACCACCCUGUCCGGUACGCCAUCGACCGCAGCACGGACACCGAGAGGAUCUUUGACAUCGAUGCCAAAACAGGAGCUAUUGUGACAGGAAAGGUCCUGGACAGGGAGACAGCAGGGUGGCACAACAUCACUGUCCUGGCCAUGGAAGCAGAUAACCACUCCCAGGUGUCGAGGGCCUCUCUCCGUAUCCGAAUCCUGGACGUCAAUGACAAUCCACCUGAGCUUGCCACCCCCUAUGAAGCCGCUGUGUGUGAGGAUGCCAAGCCAGGCCAGCUGAUCCAGACAAUCAGCGUUGUGGACCGGGACGAGCCUCAGAGCGGCCACCGUUUCUACUUCACUCUGGCACCUGAAGCCACCAACAACCACCAUUUCUCUUUGCUGGAUAUCCAGGCCAAGGAGUGACACUGAUGGAUGUCAGCACAGAUGGAUUCUCUAAGCUCUUGCUUAAAUCCUCUCUUUUGCUUUGCACCUACUUCACUCAGCUCCUUUGUGGCACCAGAAAGCCACCUCGGGGAGUGACUUGUUCUCAGCAGGGUGGGGACCAGCGCUGUUGGGGCUCCCUCCAGGGGUCCUGGGUGUGACACACAGAGCUGUGCUGGCUCUGGGAUGGAGAUGCAAAUACCAAGGGUGUCCCUGCAGGCACAUAACUGAGUUACAGGGGACUGGCAAAUUGGGCUUUUGGAAUCAGCGCCAUUGCCUGUUGGUGCCUCUCUUCCCCUGCUUCUGCUCUGUCUGAGGGAGCUCUCACACACUUCCUGAUUCAUCAGACAAGGAAUAAAUGUCACCUGUGGUGACAACAGUGAGCAUCCAGGAAGAAGAUGCCCAUCAUAUGGAGUGACUAAAGGAAGAGAUGGAAUUAGAGAAGCUGACCACGUUAAGAUCCAACUGGUGCCAUUCCAAAGGCAUUCACCAUCCUCUGAUUCCUAGCUCGCCUUUUGCUGGGUCUUUCUGGCCUGAGAAAAUUGAUUACAGCAGGAUCAAAGGCAAUUAAAGCCCGAAAUCAUGUUCUCCAAGAAAUGCUAAUUGUGUUGGAAGGGAUGGUAGAAAGCAUCCAAGCCCAGCAACCUGGAAGGAGUGCUAGGUAAUAUGGAGUGACACAUGGAGCUACUGACUCCAGGGCUCAGGGGCUCGGCAAGCAGAUGUCUGAACUCUCUGCAGGUCUCAUUAAGAGCAUGUAAUGGGUGAUAGAAGAUCUGAAAAUCCUAACAAUCAAAAGCAAAACGUUAGGAUUUGAGGAUUGCCUGAGGACAGAGGAGCCUCCUGCAGCCCCGCAGGGAUGCCCCUCUCAGCACAAGCAGUGCAGAUGCUCGUUUGACUGGGGCAGGGCUGGGGUGUGUGUGUAAAAGAGCAUCAAACCUCCUCGGGGCUGAGCAAACAGCAAAGGAGCAGCAGUGCUGCUGUGGCCUGGUACCCAGAGAACUCAAAAGAAGGGAGAAGCAGAAGGGAAAAACAGGAUGUUUCUUCUACCAGCUGCACCACCUGGGGCUGGAGGAGGUCUGCUCCCUUGGGGCAGCUCUGGCAGCAGUGUGCCACAGGCCCAGCCAGGUGCUGGUGCUCCUCCCAGAGCCAGUGUUCCCAGGCUCUGGUGCAGCACAGCAGCUGCUGGAGAAGGGGAAGACAGGUGCUCACAGGGCCCUGUGAGUGGGGGAGAGGGAAGGGACAUCAAAAUCCCUCGUGCUCUGCUGGCGCUGUUUGAGAUUGAGUUAUGAGAAGGAUUUAUUAGUUCUAUCUUCAAGGCUGCCAAGAGUCUCUUUGGAGAGGGAGUCUGGGAGACUUAAUUAUUUUAUUAUUCCUAGUGACAUUAAGCUACCACCAGAGUAUAUUGCCUUCCCAAACUUUCCUCUUAGGGCAGUAUUGAUGAGUCCCUGUGCUUUCAGGUCAUGUCAGUUCCUGCCCCGUCCAGUGUCCUGCUCCUCAGGUGGACAGAGGGGCCAUCUCCUGCCCUGUCACACAAGGUGAUGUGAUGUAACACAGGAUAAUGUCACUGCGUGAUCAGAGAGAGGGUGGCAGUGGAAGCCUAUGAAGAAAAUGUCAAAUUGUGCAGCAAGAAGGCAGUGAUAGAAAAAGGUUUGGGUUGGGGCAUCAGAGGACACUCAGCACAGCCGCAGCAGAAGGUGCAGCUUUGUGGGGACUGGGCAGGAAACCAAGUGUGGAGACCCAGACUCGUCUGUUCAGGAAAGCUGUGGAUUAACGUCUGCUCACAUUCCAGUGCUGCUCCUGAGAAGCUCUGCUCCUCAGCUCAUCACCCCAGAAAUGGAUUUGGCAGGAAACUGCUGCGGAGGAAGAGACACGAGGGCUGCGGGGCCAGGGCUGCCUGGGCUGUGCCAAUGCAAACAAAUCUGCACCAAGGCACAUCCCAGAGCAGCUGCUGUGGGUCAGCUACGUGUAAAGAACUGCACCGAGAGAAAUGACAAUUGUUUUGUAGGAGGUUGCUUUGGAUGUGUUUUCCAGGAUGCAUGUUCCAAGACCUGGGCAAAAUUUUCCCAGAUCUGUGAUCAAAAGGACUGCAAAUGUAUGGCACAGCCCUUUUUUUGGAGUAUCUCCGAGGGCAACACAGAAGUUUGCGAGUAACAGGGGUGUAAAUACCCAAGAGAGAAGAGUUCAUGGUGGUGGGGGGCAGGUGGUGGAGCCAUUUCAGUGCCAGAGGCAGGUGGUCCCUGCCAGGCUGGCCUCUGGCUGUCAAGCCUUGGUGAGCAGUUUCAUUGCUGUACACGUGAAAUUUCUGUGGAUCUCCCUCCUGGGAAGGUGCCUGCCAUCCUGCUCAGGAGAUAAAAUACAGUUUCAUGAUGUUUAAAGUAUCAUUUGUAGUUGUGAUUUUUGUUGCUCCCUUGCAUCAAGUUCUGGGUCGCAGGGCAAACCCUCAGCCCCUUCCUGAAGCGAGGUUUCUCUGAGCAGACCUGUCUGUCAUGCUGCUGUUAAAUUUAAGUACCAUGUUCUUUAUUUUGACUUGGUGGGUGGCAAUAUUUCUUUUUCACUGGUGCCAGGCUGCCUAAACUGUCUGGGCUGAGCUGAGGUUGGUGCCUGCCCCUCAUGCACUUGCAUGUGCAGUUCCCCUUGGUUUCUAGAGACUGUUUCUAAAAAUACAGCAUGCCUUGUCGCAGGUCCCUAACAGGAGCUGGAGCUGGCUGUAAACAGAAGGGAGCUGCCAGCCUCCUGCUGCAUUUCCAGAGAGGUUUGGUGCUACCCCUGCGUUUACACAGUGCUGAGGAGCAGCGGGGGGAGAUCCCAAGCACUGUGUUCCAUCAGCCCCGUGUGAGGGUUGGGCUGAGCUGCAGUGGAGGUGCAGGGCUGUGUGCUCAGGGAUCCUCUGAGCCAGGAUCUGACCCCAGCCCCUGGCUGGUCACCUGGCUGGUGUGACAGUGACAGCAAAAGUGACCUUCCUGGGCUAUGGCCAGAGCCUUGCUCUCUUACAGCGCUUUUUUCUGUCCUUUUUGUCCUGUGGUUUUAUCCCCACUCGAUCCAGGUGUCUGAGGCUUACUUUUAGCUGGACUAGCUAGGAGUUAGUCCUGGUCUCUUGCUGAGAUAGUGCCAUUAACGUUAUUUAUAUCCCCCUGCUACACUGCAGCAAGGAGGGGGGACAGCACCAAAUGAGAUCUCAUUACCUUUGUGCAAACGAUUAGCAUAACAAUAAUUUUUUUUCAUAGCUCAUCUUUGGUAGGCCACAGGCAGCUCUGAGAUGUUGCUGCCACCACACUUGGCUCAGCCUCCUUGCACCCAGGGGCCAGUGCUCCCCUGUUCCUCCUGACACCUCUGCCCAGUUGCCAUGGUGCUGCUGCCACAUGCUGCUCCAGGAGUCUCAGCCACAGUGGCAGGUGUCCCACAGGACAGGAAUCUGUGCUCUGCAGUGCCCUGGCUGCCACACAGAGCCUUUGGGAUCUGCUUCCUGGCUGACCAGUAGAUCUUCCAUCCCGGCUCACCCCCUGUCCCCAGCAUGCCCUGUGUGCUCUCAUGCAGCACCCAAUCCAUACAGCAAUUUCCGUGAUGGCAGCAGCCCAAGGGCCGGAGUUACUGUAGAUGUCUUUUCCAAUGGAAGAGCUGAUUCAUAGAGAAAGGGGAUGGUCUGGCAUAAAUCAGGGCUGAUGAGGAGAGGCUGUAGACAGCAGCACCUUGCUGUGAGUGGGCCAGUCCAUGGUUUAUUAGAUAAAGCCUGCAGACAUUCAGCAGUGGCUUGUGACACCUGGCUCCAAUUGUCACCUGCUGUUCAGCCCAUCCUGCCCAUGCUGCUGCUGGCUGGCAGCUUGCAGCACCCCUGAGCAGGAAGUCAGUCCCAGUGUCAGUCCCUGUUCCUGCCCUCCCUCCCUGCUCCUGGUCGGCAGCAGCUGCUCCUUGGGUUCACUGCUGGCACCGGGGCCCUGGAGGGUCCCGUGAAGUGGCUGUGAUAAUGGGAUCUUAACGAGUUGUGCUGUGCCAGCUGAGCCCCUGCAGCGGCAGGGUGGAAGCAGAUGGGGAGGAGGAUGCCUGACUUGGCUGGGAGGCUUGGAAGAAGCUCUGCCUACUCCUUCAGGAGUUACAGAAGAUUAUAGGGGUAUCUGGCCCUCCGGCUGAGGCAGGACCAUUCACUCAUGGCUUUUGGCUUUGGAAGAAGCAGUGUCUGCUCUUGCAGUCUCAGUGCCACCUGCAGACCCUGUCUGUUCUUGUGUACAUGUCAGCAAUUGAUUUUUAUCCUGACUCUGUGCCACUCUCAGAGGGUCUUUUGGAAGUUUUUCCCCUCUCUCUGUGCCACCUGCGUUGUUUGUCAGCGUGGUUCAGACACUCAUGUGCUGCUGCUGCUCUGCCAGGCUCACUCCCAGCUGUGGUGACAGAGAAGAUGCCAGGCUGGCCCUGAGGUGCUGCUGGCAAGGGGAAGGUGCUGGAGUGGAGCUGGCCACGUUCAGGCAUUCAGGCUAGAGGGGGUCUGCAGUGCCCAGAGCCAUGAGCUGGGUCCAUGUGAUGGAGGAGGGGGAGGCUCCAGGCUCUGUCAGGAUAGCUGCUGGAGGGGUGCAGGAAUAGCUGCUGUUCAUCCAGAGCAUGGAGGAGCCCCUGCAGGUGCUGCAGGCUGUGAUGUGGGGGUGACUUUGCUGCAGCUUUGCU